AUGGGCAAGUUUGACGACAACGAGAGGAUAGUCCUCAACGUCGGAGGCACGAGGCACGAAACCUACAAAACCACCCUAAAGACCCUGCCGGGGACGCGACUGGCCCUGCUCGCCUCCGACUCGGACUUGGACUCCGUGCUGGAUCAGCUGCAACAAGUCCCCGGCUUCAUCGAGUACAACGCGCGGACCAAUGAGUACUUCUUCGACCGCCACCCGGGCGUCUUCGCCUACGUGCUCAACUACUACCGCACCGGGAAACUCCACUGCCCGGCGGACGUGUGCGGACCGCUGUUCGAGGAAGAGCUCUCCUUCUGGGGAAUCGACGAGACGGACGUGGAGCCCUGCUGCUGGAUGACCUACCGGCAGCACCGGGACGCGGAGGAGGCGCUGGACGUGUUCGAGCUCAACGUGGACACCGGGGAGGACGACGAGGAGAUGGGGAAGAGGCUCGGGAUUGAGGAUGUGGCUGCCGACGGUAACGUCGGCCUGUGGAGGAAGUGGCAGCCGGUGAUCUGGAAUCUGUUCGAGGACCCGUACUCCUCACGGGCAGCGAGGUUUAUAGCCUUCGCCUCGCUGUUCUUCAUCCUGGUCUCCAUCACCACCUUCUGCCUGGAGACCCACGAGGCUUUCAACACCAUCAUCAACAAGACCGGUCUGAACAGUAGCGUGCCCGACUCGGGCCCGCAGUACGAGAUCGAAACUGACCCCGCGCUCACCUACGUGGAGGGCGUGUGCGUCUUCUGGUUCACCAUUGAGUUCCUGGUGCGUGUGACCUUCUGCCCAGUGAAGUUGGAGUUCAUCAAGAGCGUCCUGAACAUCAUUGACUUCGUGGCCAUCCUGCCUUUCUACUUGGAGGUAGGGCUGAGUGGCCUUUCUUCGAAGGCUGCCAAGGAUGUGUUGGGUUUCCUCAGGGUGGUGCGCUUUGUUCGGAUCCUGCGUAUCUUCAAGCUCACGCGUCAUUUUGUGGGACUAAGGGUGCUGGGCCACACGUUACGGGCCAGCACUAAUGAAUUCCUGCUGCUCAUCAUCUUCCUGGCAUUGGGAGUGUUAAUUUUUGCCACCAUGAUCUACUACGCCGAACGAAUCGGCGCCAUGCCUAACGACCCCACCGGCAGCCUCCACACCGAUUUCAAGAACAUCCCCAUUGGCUUCUGGUGGGCCGUGGUAACCAUGACCACACUGGGCUAUGGCGACAUGUAUCCAAAGACCUGGUCGGGCAUGGUUGUGGGCGCACUGUGCGCCUUGGCAGGCGUGUUGACGAUAGCUAUGCCUGUCCCCGUCAUCGUCAAUAACUUUGGGAUGUACUACUCCCUCGCCAUGGCCAAGCAGAAGCUGCCCAAGAAGAGGAAGAAGCACAUCCCUCAGGCGGUGCUGGGCGGGUCCCCCAUCUACUGCAAAGUCGAUGUCAACACCACCUGCAACAGCACUCAAGGUGACCUGUGCCAUGUCAAAGGAAGUAGGGUGCUAGAGCGCAACUGCUCAGUGCUGUCAGCAGACUGCAGCGGGGGCAGUGACCUGACCAUGUCUCCAGAGGACAGGGUCCCCAUGCGGAGGUCCAGCACCCGGGAACAGGACGGCCGCAGUGGGGGCACAUGCUUCCUGCUCGCUGCUAGUGACUACACCUGCCCUGCAGACGGAGUGAUGCGGACAACAGGCUAUGAGAAAUCCCGGAGCUUAAACAACAUAGCGGGCAUGGCUGGUAACGCCCUGAGGUUGUCCCCUGCGACCUCGCCCUACGGAUCGCCGUGCCCGCUGCGCCGCUCCCGCUCCCCCAUCCCCUCCAUCCUGUGAGACGUCCAGCCCCGGGCCACUCUGGCCCAAAGCAUCCAAAAACCGAACCACUUCCUUCUGGUGUAGAAUCUGAACUCUGUUCUAGAUAUUGUGACUAGUGGAGGAGGACUUCCCUUUGUAGCUAAGACUACUGGUCGAGGCUCGGCCAUCCUGAGCACCUUUCCCCCUGGUCCUUGGAGAUAGAUGUGCUAAGCUAACACCCUGGAGUAAGUCAUCCUGUGUCACUUGGGGCUCCAUAUCGUCGUACUUUGAGACUUGCAAUAAAAGAACUCCGACCGCCGGCUUCAGAAGUAGCAGCGAUACACUUCAUUAAAAGGACACAUGAAUAAUCAGGGAUAGUACAUGUUGCUAUAUUUAGAUAGCUUGAAAAGACGUGCUUCCAGAAAAGCAAGCAAGCAAGAUGUCACCUCAUUUGAACCUCAUACGACUGUGACUUUGUCUGUGGUUUGCUGCUUUAUUUUUGUGGGGGGGGGUGGUCUUUCAGGACGAUGUUUCAGUCAGUCUCUCUUCACCUGCUGCUGGCCGUGCUCAUGUCUGUGCAUGGAUCAUCCUGUAACCAUCGUCUGGGGCACGGGGAGCAGGGACCAGGCCGACAAUGGGGAGAGCUUAUGGAAAUAUAUAUAUGUAUCUAAAUAUAUAUUUGAAGGAGUAUGUUGUGUUUAGUUGGGGUUGGGGUUGGGGUGUCUCACUUGGCCAUCGGGCUUCACCACCAAUCCACCGAGGAGACUAUAAACGCUGAACGCCAGCUGGGGGGUCGGUUCUCUCUGC